AUGCAUGAAAGCAGAAAAAACGACACUUCAGGUGCAUAUCCUCAUGGCGGGGAGAGGGGUGGUCAUUCACAGUUUAACGUAAAACCAUUAGGUUCUCAGGAAUCUGUCCAGACUAAGUGUACCCAAGUUUGUGGCGGGUUCACUUCACAUGGAAAAUCAUGUGCAAAAAUUGUUCUGGUUAAUGUAUAUGAGAAAACCCAACCCUGUCAACGCCUGAGGAUAUACGCCAUUAUAGAUGAACAGAGUAAUAGGUCGCUAGCUAGUCCAGCUCUUUUUGAAAAACUAGGUUUAAGUGGAGAACAAACUGAUUAUUCUCUGAACUCUUGUUUAGGCAUGUCAAAUGUACAAGGUCGAAAAGUGUCGAAUUGCAUGAUAGAAACAAUUGAUGGCUCUUGUAAGUACUUGUUACCUCCUCUCUUGGAAUGCAGUCAAAUUCCAAAUGCCAGAGAUGAGAUCCCAACAUCACAAAUAGCAACACAAUUUGGUCAUUUAAAGGGAAUCGCUUCAAAGAUUCCACCUUUAGACGAGAAAGCUGAAAUUCUGCUACUCAUAGGUCGGGAUCUCAUUGCUGCGCAUCAUGUCCAUGAACAAAUUACAAGUCCCAAGAAUGAACCUUUUGCACAAAGACUCGGCUUGGGAUGGGUGAUUGUUGGACAAGUUUGUCUGGGACAAAUUCACCAGGACAAGGUGAAUUGUAUGAAAACGUACUUGUUGCCAAAUGGACGAGAAUCUCUAUUUCCUCCAUGCAGCAACAAUUUCAAGGUGACGGAGAGAAUACCUUCUUUAGCUGAUGAUGUUUUUGUUAAAACAAAACAAGAUAACCAAAUAAGUAUGUCAGUAGAAGAUAGAGAGUUUGUUGACAUCAUGAGUAACAAGAUGGUGAAAGAUCCAAGUGGUAACUUGGUAGCCCCUCUUCCGUUUGCUUCGGACAGACCUAAACUGCCCAACAAUAGGUCACUUGCACUCAAAAGAGCUCACAUGCUCCAAACAUCUUUAAGGAAAAAUCCUCAGAAACUUGGUCAUUUCUUGGAUUUCAUGGAUGGGAUUAUCAGUAAAGGUCAUUCAGAAAUUGCCCCUCCCAUAGCAAACGAUCAAGAAUGUUGGUACCUACCUCUCUUCGGUGUUUAUCACCCCAAAAAGCCAGACCAGAUAAGGGGGGUCUUUGAUGCAUCUGCCAAGUUUGAAAACUUGUCCCUCAAUGAUGUUCUCCUUCAAGGCCCUGAUCUGAUCAACAGUUUGCUUGGUAUCCUUCUACGUUUUCGAAAAGACAAGAUAGCCAUCUGCGCAGACAUUCAGCAAAUGUUUUAUAGCUUUCUGGUGAAAGAGGAAGAUCGUGACUUCCUCAGAUUCUUCUGGUACAAGGAAAAUGAUCCCAACAAAGAAAUUAUAGAGUAUAGAAUGCGGGUUCACGUAUUUGGGAACAAGCCUUCUCCUUCUGUUGCUAAUUUUGGCUUGCAGAAAACAGCCGCCAUUAGCGAGACGGAGUUUGGUAAGGAUGUUAAGGAAUUCAUUUCCCAGAAUUUCUAUGUUGACGAUGGUCUCGUUUCAUUACCCACUGUCGAGCAAACAGUAGACCUAAUGAAGCGAACACAGGCCGCUCUUUUACAAAAUGGAAAUUUGCGCCUACACAAAAUAGCGUCUAGUGAUGAAAGGGUUCUCAAAGCUUUCCCGCCAGGAGACCUUACUAAAGAUAUUUCUUGUCUGGACCUGUCCAAAGACGACUUGCUCACUCAAAGAAGUUUAGGUCUACUUUGGGUUCUCAAGUCAGAUUGUUUCACAUUCUCUGUCCCUGAUGUUGAAAGGCCUUUCACACAACGAGGAGUGCUUUCUGUUGUGAAUAGUUUGUAUGAUCCUCUAGGCUUUGUCGCUCCAGUCACCAUUGUGGAUAAAUUGCUGCUCAGGUCAAUGACGUCAGGAAACUGUAGUUGGGACGAACCAUUGCCUGAUGAAUAUUUUCAGAAAUGGCUUGAUUGGACUGAUUCUUUAAAGUCUCUGAAAGAUGUAUCGAUAUCUCGUGGUUAUUUUGGUCAUUCUUUAAGCCAGGCCUCAAACAACACUUUGCUUUUGUUCUCGGAUGCUUCAGAGAAAGCAAUUGCUUCAGUUGCUUAUUUGGUCAGUGAGACUGUUGAGAACAGUAAGACUCAAAUUGGGUUUGUUAUGGGUAAAACAAAGGUGGCUCCCACAAAAGGUCACACAAUUCCAAGACUGGAGUUGUGUGCUGCGGUUCUCUCCGCCGAGAUUGCAGAACAAGUUCUUGCUCAGCUCCAAGUUCAUGUCAACGAAGUUAGGUACUUUACAGACAGUAAAGUGGUUCUAGGUUACAUUUAUAACAGGAAAAGAAGGUUUUACACCUACGUAGCUAACAGAGUAGAAAGAAUUCUCAAUUCUUCAAAAUUCUCUCAGUGGUAUUACAUUGACACAAAACACAAUCCUGCGGAUAUUGGCUCCAGAGGUGCGUCUCCAAGUCAGAUGUCUGACUGUAUGUGGUUGAAGGGACCUCCCGAAAAGAUCUUUGUAAAAAUGAAUCAGUCUAGUGAGCAUUUCUGCUUGCAUAACCCAGAUCAAGACAAAGAAGUACGUCCAGAUGUCACAUGUAUGGCCACGAGGUCUAUGGAGGGACAUUCUAGUUUGGAUCCCAAGUAUCUCCAAAAGUUUUCCUCUUUCAGACGUCUGACCAAGACUGUAAGCAACUUGCAACAUGUCUGCAAGUCGUUAAACAAAUCAUGCGAGUGUGUUGGUUGGCAUCUCUGUCCAGAAGCCUCUUCAGCAGAAAAUGUUGAGAGCGCCCAGUGUUUGAUAUUCCGAACUUUCCAGAAGGAAUCAUACCCUAAAGAGAUAGACUGUCUGAAGAGUUGGAGGAAGGCUAAGAAACUCAAAAUUGCCAACCCCAGAAAGAAACCCUAUCAUCGUCCAUGGUAG